AUAAGCAUAGUUUCCUUACUGGGAUUCUACCAAAAUAUAGUUGUGCUGUUAACUACAAAUAUAUACUCUUUCCGCUGUAUGCUGUGCCCAAACAUAAUCCUUAGUGAUUAUGUAGGACACAGCUAGGAAACGUGCGACCCCUAUUCCCAGAUAGUGGACUCGUCCUUACCCUGCCAUGUUGGAUGGAGCUGGUUGUGGGCUUUCUGGCGGCUGGACUUCCCAGGAAACUUUUUUUUAAAAAAGCGUUUUCCUUCUUUGCUCAGUCGCUGCAGUUUUGACCUUAUUUUCAAAAGGACAACUGGAUCCCUAAACGACAUACAUUUUUUUGCACCCCUUCUUGCGGACCUCCAGGAUAAACCGGUGUGAGGAGGUCCAGGAAGGCCACGGAUGACCGAGGGAUUGUUUAUGUUGUUGGGUCUCCUAUAACGAGUAACAGUCGGUGCAUACUUUAUAGAUUGAUCCCCAAUAAUGAGUGGACAUCCGCCGCAACGUCGGCAAGCAAACGUCGGUUCCAUACUCCUGACACCGCAGGAAAAUGAUUGCCUUUUCAACUACCUUGGCAGGAAAUGCAUUUCCCUAUCAUCGGCCGUGGUGCAGGUGUAUACAGCCGACAGGAACUCCAGCUGGAACAAGAGAUGCUGCGGGGUGGCCUGUCUGGUCAAAGACAACCCACUGCGGUCUUACUUCAUCAGGGUCUGGGACAUCAAGGAGGGUAAGAUGAUGUUUGAGCAGGAGCUGUACAACAACUUCAGCAUCUACCUCCCCAAACCGUACUUCAUCACUUUUACUGGAGAUUCAUGCCAGGUGGGUCUGAACUUCGCCAGCGAGGAGGAGACGAAGCGUUUCCGCGGCCAUGUGAACGAGCUCAUCGGGAGGAGACAGAGGAAAUCUGAGAAGAGACGCGACCCUCCAAAUGGCCCGACGUUGCCCAUGGCCACGGUUGACAUCAAGAACCCGGAGAUCAGCAACAUGCAGCGUUACAACAACAACUCUCAGGUGAACAACAUCAUGCACUCGUCCUUCCCCAAGAGGGAGAAGAAGGGCAAGGCCAAGAAGAAGAGGCUGACCAAGGCAGACAUCGGCACCCCCAGCAACUUCCAGCACAUCGGGCACGUAGGAUGGGAUCCAAAUACCGGUUUUGAUCUGAAUAACUUGGACCCAGAGCUGAAGAAUCUGUUCGAUAUGUGCGGCAUCUCCGAGGCUCAGCUGAAGGACAAGGAGACAUCCAAGGUCAUCUACGACUUCAUCGAGAAGAAAGGAGGCGUAGAAGCUGUCAAAAAUGAGCUACGGAGACAAGCUCCUCCGCCCCCUCCAUCCAGAGGCGGCCCUCCUCCUCCACCUCCCCCCCACCACGGCUCGGCCCCACCACCCCCUCCUCCUGCCAGGGGUCGAGGUGCGCCACCGCCUCCUCCCCCCUCCAGAGCUCCCGUCUCCGCGCCCCCUCCUCCUCCUCCUUCCCGACCGGGCAUGUCCGCUCCUCCUCCUCCGCCCCCACCGCCAAGCCGAGGCGCACUCCCGCCUCCCCCUCCGCCGGCCCACGCCUCCAUCCACGUGGCUCCUCCCCCACCGCCUCCUCCUGCCUCGAUUGGAGGACCGCCGCCUCCCCCUCCUCCUCCACCACCUCCCGGACCUCCGCCACCGGCCCCGCCGCCGCCCGUGGAGGCUAACGGAGGGGAGGUGCCCAAGUCGGCCCUGCUGAGUCAGAUCAGAGAGGGCACCCAGCUGAAGAAGGUGGAGCAGAAAGAGAGGCCGGUGUCCAGCAGCACCGGCAGAGACGCACUUCUGGACCAAAUCAGACAAGGAAUCCAACUCAAAGCGAGGGAGGAAAAUAACGAUUCAGCUCCUUCCACCCCCACCCCGUCGGCAGGCAUCGUGGGGGCUCUGAUGGAGGUGAUGCAGAAACGCAGCAAGGCCAUUCACUCUUCAGAUGAGGACGAUGACGAUGAAGAUGAUGAGGACUUUGAGGAUGAUGAUGAAUGGGAGGACUAGCUAUAUCUCAUUGGCUUUUUUUCUUUCUACCCUCCCUUAUCCGUGGAUGACACUAAAAUAGUUCAAAACUCUAAAUGUAAAUGAUCUAUCAACUCGCUGUAUAUUUUUGUUGCCUUUUUAUGCUUUUUUUUUUAUUAAUCUGUGCAAUACCUCAUUUCAUCUGUGAUAGUUUUCAUAUCUGAGGUCUUAGUUUCUCUAUCUCCGGCUCUAUUCUAUGUCUUGAUAGCACCAUUUGAACUUGUUAUUCCAUCUCUCUGCAUCCUUACCGCCAUCUGUCGCUUCAUACCUGCCUCCACCCGUCACACUUUCUCUCUUCCAGAUUAGCACGUUCAUCAAAUUGUCGAUUUAACCUCUAGCGUUAAACGUUUUUCUUUAGGUCAGUGAGUGAAGGCGGGGCUAUGUCGCCACAAAUCUUUCAUCAAUCGUGUCUUCAAUGUCAGGAGGGGGAAAAAACUAUUUUCAUAACCUAUUGCUCUUUAGUUUAUUUUUACUUAUUCAAAGGAACCUAGUUUAGCGCUCAUAUUUUCUUAAAACAAAGAAGAAGAGAAAACCUAAAAUGCUCUUUUUUGAAAUAUUUAGCUUCAUUCGCUGUUGACUGUACAUUUUCUCCAGAGUUUGAGUCUUGCUAUAUUUUUGCACAGAUUGAAAGAGGCGACUCGGCGCAUGAAUACAGGACAUUUUCAGAUCUGUUACAUCUUGGAACAUGUGCUUUAAAAAAUGAAGCACUUGGACACUAAGCAUUACAAAACCCAACACACUACAACCAGUAUACACAUGUAGAUAGCCCACAGUGUUAUGUCGGCUAUUCGUUGUGAUUUAUUGCUAAUUUUUUUGUUACUGUUACACUACAGAUUCAAUUGAAAUUGUGCUUCUUUUCUUUUUAUCUUUUUUUCAGAGUAUUAAUAAAUGACUGUUUGUUGGAAUCAGGUCAUUCAUUAUGUAGAGCUUAAGGAAUAAAGACAUUUUAGUUUUACACACCUGACGCUUGUACCGGUCCGUGUCUAUAUUCUACUGUACUGAACCAAUGUAAUGUUUUUCCUGUAGACACGAAGUGCUGACACAGUUAGAAACAAUAGAUCCAUAGCAUUAUUCAAAAUAAUAUCAAUAUUUUCUAUAUAUCUAGUAAAUCAUGAGGUAGGAAUGGCUUAUUACAGUGCUUAAUGAUUCCCAAAUAGAUACCGACAUGUAUUUCAUGUUUAAAUCAUAUUUCCACAUAGUUACUAGCUGCUUCUUAUUUGAUAAGACAAUCAUAGUGGCAUGACUUGUCCAGAUGUGGUAAAUCCAUCAAGCCAAAGUUCAAAACAAAGUGAAACUUAAGAAAAUAUCCUUUUAUUUUAGCAUUUGUGGUUUUAUGGCCUAUGUUGACACGCUAACAAUUCAGAGUAACUAUUUUGAAGCUGAACUUUAGCUUGCUAAACAGCAGCUACUUUAAACACAGCUAAUAACUACAAUAAGUACAUUAAAACCUACUGUUAUGGUAUGACAAAUGGAGACAAACAAUGUAUUUAAUUGAACAAUAUCUAGCUAAAGUUAGCUAACGUUAGACUCUAUAUGCUACCUGGUCAUCCCAGACCAGGCGAAACCCCCGAGUAGGCCUAUUGCUAAAAAUGUUAUUCCUGAAUAAUUCAUAACGUUUUGAUUCCUCACUUUAAUCUUCGCGUUGUAUGGCUCUUAUCUGCUAACCCCAUCUUACUUUUAGGUCACAAAUAUAAAUAUUUGACUUCCAGUCUGCUAUUCUUUUUAUUUUUUAUGAUAGCAAUAUUAGCAUGCUACUCGUUAGCAUGUGUAAAUUGCUAACGAGUAGCGGUAGCCGCCAUCAAUUCCGACAUACCCCCAUUCCGACAUUGACGUCUAAUUGUCGAAGUGGAAGCAGUUCCAUUGUUUUCAAAGCUCCCACCACUCCGACAAAAAAAACGUCCCGUCAUUCCGACAUUAGGGCCAUUAAUGUAAUAAGGGAAAUGGGUCCUAUCUUGCAGUAGCCUAUUUGCUUGCGUGCUUUCUGUAGUCCGUGUGUAAAAAAAACAUGAAAUCUUAUGAAAGCAUUCUACACUAUUAAUGUAUGGGGUGAUGCAUCACACAAUCAAGAUAACCAACGUAAAACACAACUGAUGGACUUUGAGGGCAAGCGACUGGUAGCGACGUGUCGGCAUAUAGGCUAGGCUACUAUAAUACUACUACUACUAAUAAUAAUAAUAAUAAACUUUAUUUAUACAGCGCUUUUCUUGAACAGAAUCACAAAGUGCUUUACAGAUAAAAUAAACAAAAUAGCAACAACAACAACAACAAAAAGGGUUAAUACAAAAUAAACAAUGACAAAAUUAAACUUAUUUAAACCCUUCAAAAGCUUUGCGGUAUAAAUGAGUCUUAAGGAGAGACUUAAAAUGUGUGACAGAAUCUGCCAACCUUAGUUCCUCAGGCAAUUCAUUCCAUAAUUUUGGAGCUAAGACGGAAAAAGACCGGUCUCCUUUACUUGCAAGGCGGGACUCAGGGAUGGUUAAUAAGCCUGCCUGCAGACCUCAAUGUACGGGUAGGACGAUAGGGCACUAACAAGUCUGAAAUGUAAUUGGGGGAAAGGUCAUGAAGAGCUUUAAAAGUUAAAAGAAGAAUUUUAAAAUUAAUUCUCCAGAUUGGGAGCCAGUGAAGUGCUGCUAGGAUAUGUGUUCACACCUUUUAGUCCUAAUGAAUGAUGAUGGGUAGCGGGCGGGUGUGGAUAUCAAUUGUUGAAAAAAAAAAGCAUUGCCUCGGGUGGAUGGCGGGUGGAUUAUUGAUAGCUGCGGGUGCAGAUGACAUUAGGCUCAUCCGUGGUUCUCAGGAUGUUGGAAUUUGAUACAGGAACCGUGAAGAUAAAUUGAAUAAAAAAAAAAAUAAUAAUAAUAGGACUGUCGGAAUGGCGGUACUAAAAUAUGUCUGAUAUCGGAUGUUCCAUGUCGGAAUAGCAGCAUGUCUGACAAAUAGCAUGUCGAAGUGGCAGGAUGUCGGACUGGGGGCAUGUAACCCGAGUAGCAUGCUAGAGACGUUUUUACCACAGUGUAAUAAAGAUCCAACAAACACAAUGGCCCGUCAAAAUGUGUUUUUCUUUUUCUCUGUUUAACUUAUUUGUCUUUACGAGAACAAUCCCCACUUGUUGGAUGUAAGAACUGACCUCCUUUGUCAAGAUACUUUUAGGGGGAAACCAUAGCCAUGUUGUCGCUAAUGUUAGCUCCUGUAGCUGUUAACAAAUAAUGAUUCAUACAUUGUUCACUCCAAUAAAAGGUUGGUAUUUA